AUAAUCCCCCUCCUGCUUGUGAAGUAUCAGAGUCCCGUGCGACCAACAGAAAUACGUCUUUCACCAACAUCUCUCUCUCUCUCUACAUCUGUCUUUUGGUCCAAGGACUUAUCAUAUAUUCACUCCACUGUGAAUUCACUUCCUGCUAUAGGUCCCGAGACUAACAAGAGUUCAGCACAUGGUAAAAGGGGGACAAGGCAACAGUGGUGAUGGCCUCGUGGUUCGGUUGGAGCAGCGAGCCGGACUACCGGAGUCCACGGCGGGACCCAUCUGACGUGGUCACAGACACCCUGAUGCUGGAGCUCAGCUGGCAGCUGAAGGAGGCAGAGAGGAUGCAGCGUGAGAGGGACAACGAGUACCGGCGCCUUCAGACAGGCGUGGACUACACCUGGCUGGUCAACACGCCACGCAACACCUACAAUGUGUCGACUGGCGAGAGGCUGGGCCUGGAGGACCUGUGCUCCAAGGUGCAUCCGUCCUACUGUGGAACCGUCAUACUGAGGUUCCGCCAGGUGGUGACUGAGAACGAGCCAGAGAUGCAGGAGGUGUUGGCCCUUUUCCGCUCUGUCAUCCUCGAGGCCCUGGACCGCCUGAGGGAGGAGCAGGAGGCACAGCGGUUCUCGCGCCAGUGGAACAACAAGCGGGCCAUGAGCAUGUCUCUCAUGAACUUCAAGUCACGCAUCAAAAUCAACCCCUUUGGCAGCACCGUGGGCCUGACCUCGACCAGGGGGGAGGGCGAGCUGAAGACUGUGUCGGAAGACGUGGAGAAGGCGCUGGAAGAGAGGGCUGACAGGGCCCAGAGGGUUAGGAGCAUGCCUGACUUCAGACACAAAGGGCUUUACACUACCAAGGCCAUCUGAGCUGGGGAUCCACAAGACAGUGUUGUGGUUCAGCGGGGGACGGAGAGAAGCUAGUGAGAUGUAGCCUAUAAUAAUCCCCCCGGAACCUGCCCAGUCUGCUUUGCAAAAUAAUGGAGAGAAAUAGGAGACAUCUCUCCCAUCCUCUCCUUUGAAGGGAUGGGGUGAUCCCUAUUGAAUGCUUUUGACUGGGGAGCUAUGCUUAGAAUACUUCACAAUGUGAUUGUCAGACACCUUAUUUGCUGUACUGUACUAUUGAAAUCUUUGUCUUGUAAAUUAUACAUUUACAGUGCCUUUUCAACUUAAUUCUUGGUAACUAUUUAUACUUAAAACUAAUGAGACUUACAUUAAAAGCAAUUAACAAGAAGUUCUGUGACAUUUUUAGAACUGUAAAAGGGAAGUAGUACUAAAAACAGCUUUAUAGCUAAAAAAGAAAAUGUAUCACUGACUGGUCUAUUACACUAUGUUCAGUAUGAAAUUGUAUCGAUCUUUUAAUUAUUUAGUUGGAAUACAGCGCAUCUUGAUUCA